AUGGCGAUCGCGCGGAGCCACGUCGUGUCGCGCCCGGCGGCGGCGGCGCGGUACGGGUCGUCGCCGGACCUGCUGGCGGCGUCACUGCAGCAAUCUUUCCGGUACGCGCGCGCGUGGACGGCGUUCCAGCAGUUCUUCGGCUUCUUCGCCUUCCUCCUCACGCUCUGGUUCGUCACCUCGCGCCCCUGGCACUCCGCCGACUCCCGCGCCGCAAACGCCGGCGCGUCCUCCGCGACCUCGCGUAGCGGAUUCACCAGCGGGAGCAGCGGCGGCGGCGGGAAACUAACCGGUCCGGCGGCGUACGUAGUGGUGGUGUGCGAUGAGUCGCAGCUAAAGUCCGCCAUGGUGCUCGUGCACUCGAUCCGCUCUACUAAAACCGAACACGAUAUCGUCGUGCUCGCGCGCAACCUCUCCGGCACGCCGCGCCACAUCUUCCGCGCGCUCGGCGCCACCGUCAACCCGCUUCCGCGCGGCGUCCCCGCGGGACUCCGCCGACCCCUUCUCCACAGCCUUCUCCGCGAACCCCGCGGCGGAGUUCUCUCCGCCCUUCCCCCAACGACCUUCGCGGACCCCUUUUCCUUCAGCUCCGUCUACUCCCCGCCGCCGCACCCCGCGGCGCUCGCGGAGUGCCUGCCGUUCAAAUUCUCCAUGUGGCUGCUGCGCCAAUACUCCAAAGUCGUCUACCUAGACCCGCGCAUGCUCGUUCUUGAGAAUAUCGAUGACGUGCUGGCUCGGCCCGAGCCUACCGCAGCUCCGGAUAACUCCCUGCCGGACCGGUUCAACCCGAGCCUGCUGGUGCUGGAGCCGAGCGUGGCAACGUACCGCCAGCUGGUCGCGGAAUACGCGGCCAUCGCAUUCGGCGACGCGGAUAGCGACAGCGACAGCGACAGCAGCGCACGACGCACCCUCGCAGCAGGGGACUCCGACCAGGCGCUGGGCGCGCAGCACCACCUGGACUACGGGUGCAACGCGCCCUCCCGUCUAGGGUACUCCGCCACGUGGAACGAGUGGGUGCACCCCAAGCUCAAGGUCGUGCGCUUCGCGGGGGGCUUUGAGCGCUGGGACGAGCUCACGGACAAGCUCUACCCGCCCACACGGCGCUAUGACCACCUGCGCUGGGAGCUGCUGAGGGACAUGUCGGGGCUGCUCGUGCAGCACGGGGUGAUUGCGCCGGCGGACGCGCUGCCGAGUCCUCUCUGCCAGACGGAUUUCAUGCAGUAUGCGCGGGGAGCGCCCGUGCCACGGAAGCUGUCCGUGGUGAUUCUCACAGGCGGGGAUCUGACGACUCUGCAGACGCUAAUCUUUCAUUUUGCCGCCAUGCGCUUUGUGCACAUGAUCUACGUCAUGGCUAAGCCCAGCGACGCCCCGGGAGGAGGGAGUGCGGGUGGUGCCGGCGGUGGUGUUGGGGGGGACUCGUCAGGAGGAUUCAACCUUGGUGGGAGCGGUAGCAGCGGCGGCAGCAGCAGUGGCGGCAGCGCGUGGGCGCAGGGGCACACGCAGAGCAUCCUGGCAGCGGCCAUCGAGUCGUGGAACGCCAGCAAACCCGUGGAGCUGCUCCCGCCGCUCACGCGGUACUCCAUGUCGGCGCGCAUGCGCCCCAUCGCGUCCCUCCCCACGGACUGCCUGCUCAUGUGCGACGACUCGGUGAUGGUGGGCGCGUCCGUGCUCUCCUCGGCCUUCAAGUUCUGGCAGGAGCAGCCGCAGCGGCUGGUGGGAUUCUUUCCCUCGGCGCACUAUAGGGACCCGCACACGAGCGAGCUGGUGUUUGUGGCGGACCCGAGGGAGGAGUAUUCGAUGGUGGGGGCGCGGUUGUUGCUGCUUCAUGCGGAUUACCUCCAGUCGUACACGUGCACGCUGCCACAGCAAGUGCGAGACUACAUCGAGAUGUCCCCGCAGUGCGCCGACGCAGCCCUCAACUUCCUGGCCUCCGAGCUCACCGACGCCGCCCCUCUCCUCGUCGUCGACCCCGACAAGCGCGUGACAGAAGACCUGGCCUCUUCAUUUGAGGACCACACGCGCGUGGGGUCGGCGUGCCUGAACGAUCUUGAAGCUUUCUUCGGCGACAUGCCGCUGCGCAACUCCACGCUCGCCAAGUUUCACUUGGAGCAGGACACCUUCACCAAGAUGCAGUUCAAUAAGGCCGGCGGUGGGGGUGGAGGGGGAGGGGGAGGCGGCGGAGGGGGAGAAGGAGGGGAGGGGGACAAGGAGGGCGGGCUGCAGUGGGAGGCGCUGUUUGAUGCUACCAAGAUGUCGUCCAGUGAUGAGAACUUCCGCUUCAUGCCCUCUCUCAGACGGGUGACCAACAUGCCGGAGGUGCACGUCUUCCCCUCCCCGCAGCACCCCAAGCAAAUCCUCUGCAUCCUUGGGAACCUCUCCACACCGCUCUGCUUCUCGGGGGGCGCGUGCAACAACUCGUUCGCCAUCGCCACCUUCGACUCCAUCCCACCGUCCGCCCUCAUGCUCCUCGGCACCUCCCUCCUCCUGCACUCGCGCUAUGGUUUCGACGACCGCUUUCACACACCCAACAUCCUUGCGAACCUCUUCUACCCCUACCCCGACUACUCCUUCAUGCGCCCCGCUCGAGCCUUCUUCUACCGCCGCGGGGGCCUUGACAUGCGGCUGUCGCCGUGGUCGCGGCUGCUGUUCAAGGCCAUUCUGGGUGCGCACAUUGCGCCGUUCCGCGUGCGCAACGGCACGCGCCCCGUGUGCUUUGAGCGCGCCGUCAUGACGCGGCGGUACCGGCCGGCGGCGCAGGAGAGGAGCAUCGUGCUGCAGGACGUGCAGGAGCGUGCCUGGGCCUUCUGCUCCGUCGCCGCCUCCUCCAUCCCUCCCUCUGCCACCGCCGCUGAUGCUGCUGUUGCCUCUGCUGGGAAUAGCACUGCAGGGGCAGGGGCGGCCCAGCAGCAGCAUCAUCCGAUGGCGGGGGUGCCGCCGGGGCUGCGGGGGUUUGUAAGCUCGGACGCGCACACGAUCCGCGUGCUGGUGCUAUACGGCGAUGCAGACAGUGGGGGUUAUGGCAUGAUGGAGAACUUGCAGGCGCUGCUCAAAGGGCUGAGGGACCGUUGCCACAAAGCCACUGCUUGCGAACUGGUGGCUGUGAGGGAAGCCAACUUCACCAACUUUUGUGCGCAGGUGCUGUUCAUGGGGGCAGCAUCGAUGCUGGUGACAGUGAGUGGAGACGGCACCAUGAACCAUGUCAUGUGGAUGCGCCCCGGCAGUGCUGUGUUGGAGCUCGUGCCCUUCGGCAUCCCCGAGUACGACCCGCGCGUGCUCAGAGUCUACGAGGAGGCUGCCAGGUGGGUGAGGGUGGAGCACGACAAGGUGUUUGAGCUCAUGGGCCCCGAGUGUCCGCGCAAGAACGCCUCGUGCCGCUUCAUGUACCGCCGCCGCGCCAUCGUGGCCAACGUGACAGCUGUCAUGGCGUGGUUCGACGCCACGAAAGAUCUCCACGGCUUCACCACGCCCAACCUCUCCCCCCUACACCGCGCUCGCGCCAUGGCGUCAUCCCCGAGGCGGAUUACACCGUUAGUGCCCGCCGAUGAUGCUCCGCGCGCGCGUCCGGAGCGGGUCUUCAAUCGCCACAUGGCUUUCUCUCCAAACCCCGCCGCCGGUGCGAGGAUAGCAUCAGCAUGGGGCGUUGAGAUUGCCGUCUUUCGUCAUGCCUCUCUCUCUCACGCCAUGCCUUUGUCUCACGCCAUGCCUUUUCUCACACCAUUAUCUCCUGCAGCGCAAUUCGGAAAGUGGCUGCACCAGCAGGGCUUGGCGGCAUUGGUGGUUAUAGCAGAGCAUAGGUGUGCGGCCGUGGCGUUCUUGGAGUGCAGAUGCCAUGCAAUCUUCCAUCAACUCUUCCAUGCUCAUCGCCACACAUCCAUUGAGAUUGACAGUUCAGGAAGGAGGGAAGUGACUGAAUCUUGUGGGAUGCUAACAGGAGAGGGAGCCCCGUGGCAGGGAUUGAAAGGGUCGAUUAGGGCACUAGCAGAGCAGGUGGAGGAGGCAAGGAGGGAGGUGGCGGCAGUGAGGAGAGAGUUGGCGGGGUUUGCGGAGCACAAGGACCGACUGGCAGGGGUGCAGGCAGCUCUCACACAGACCCACCUUGCCACCCAGCGGUCGUGGGAGACCCUUCUGUCAGUGUGGUGUGGGGGCGCAUCGAAGAGCACGAGCACCCAUGUGGAGCUGCAGAACUUGCCCCUUCUCUCAACCACCGCACUGCGCUUGCUCUCCACCAUCUCCCACCUCCAACACAUCGACUUGGACGGGUCAGCAGGCUUCAGUGCCGAGGGCGUGCGUCUCCUUUAUAAGCUGCCUCGUCUUGAGGACCUCAGCUUGCGAGACACAGCUGUUGCAGAUGAUGCCCUUAUCGGCAUCGGGGAAGCGAAGAGCCUUGCGCGCCUGUAUCUGAGCCGCACCCAGGUGACCGAUGCUGGGCUGCUGCACGUUGCUGCUGUUCCCUCGCUCAGCACCCUGUCGCUGCUUGGUUGCGAGGGCGUGACUGGCACAGGCAUGGUGCAUGUGGGGCGGCUGGGCGGCCUAGAGUGGUUGUAUCUGCAGGGCACGAGGGUGGACGAUGCGGGGUUGCACCAUUUGGCUUACCUCACCAAGCUACUCGUGCUCUACCUGCCCCAUGGGGAGUGUGUUGAUCACAAGAUGCUCUGUAAGCAGCUGGGUAGGUAG